UACAUCCGGUAACUUUCUAUGAUGGCUGCUCACACAUGUAAACAUGCGACUUAAUGUGGUGGCUAACGACGUUUAAUUUAUCUGUUGUGUAUCGUGUGUUCAUGUCAGCGACUCACAUUUUAUCGAGUAGUUUGACACUAACUUUGAGUGCUUGUUUGUUUCCUUUCAGUUUUUGAGUUGAUACCGAGCUAGAAGCUACACGUUAGCUAGCACUUAGCUAGCAGUUAGCUGGCAGCAGAGAGCCAUGGCAGCGCAGACCAUAUUCGUUGGUUCUUUACCAGCUACAGCUUCAAACGAACGACUUGAGGAGAUAUUCUCAGAAAUUGGUCCGAUAAAGCAAUGCUUCGUGGUCAGAGACAAAGUCACAGAGAAAUGCCGUGGAUUUGGCUUUGUGACUUAUUCCAUGGAGGAAGAUGCACAGCGAGCCUUGAAAGAAAUAAAAGAGUACGACGGACAGAGGCUGUCUCUGUCAGUGGCGAAGAAGAAAAUUAAAGACAAAAAGAAAGCAGCAGUUAAAGAGGCUGCUGCAGCACCAAAGGAAAAUGAGGAGAAAUUCAAAGGCAUCAAAAAAAUCCAGAUGAAAUCUAGGCUCAUUAUAAGGAAUCUCAGUUUUAAGUGCUCAGAGGAUGAUCUAAAACAAGUAUUUGAACAGUUUGGAACAGUUCUUGAGUCCAAAAUUCCUCUCAAACCUGAUGGGAAGAUGCGUGGAUUUGCAUUUGUCAUGUUUAAAAAUGUGUCAGAGGCUGCAAAGGCGCUUAAAGCUAUGAACCUGAAGGAGAUUAAAGGUCGACAGGUAGCAGUUGACUGGGCUGUGCCAAAGGACAAAUAUGUUGCUACACAACAAUCCUCAGAUUCAGGCAAUAAUAAAGCAGAGGAGGCCAAUACAGAAAGGGAUGUUAAAGAGGAGAAUGAAGAAAAACAAACGGAGCCUGAGAAGAAAAAAGUCAAUGUAAAACCAGUUGUGCAGCAGAAGGAGGAAUCUGAUUCAGGUGAUGAAGAUGAUGAUGAGGAAGAAGACAGUGAGGAGGAAGAGUUUGAUGAAGAAGAUGAGGAUGAGGAGAAGGAUGAUGACGAUGACGACGACGACGACGACGACGGUGACGGCGAUGACGGGGGACGUAGCCUCCAUUCAAAUGAUGACCAAGAUGAAAGUCUGGAUGAAGAAGAUGAGGAGGAGGAGGAAGCUGAACUAGCUAAAAAGAAAGCCCCCAAGAAGCUACUUCCUUCAGAUGUGAAAGAGGGCAGAACAGUUUUCAUCAGGAACUUGUCCUUUGACACGGAGGAAGAGGGUCUUGAGGAAAUUCUCUUACGAUAUGGAGAGCUCAACUACAUAAAGAUUGUUCUCCACCCAGACACAGAUCACUCUAAAGGUUGUGCGUUUGCUCAGUUUAAGACUAAAGAGGCUGCAGACAAAUGCAUAGCUGCAGCACAAGAUGAGGCGGAGAAUGGUGGCGUCCGUGUAGAUGGCAGAAAGCUGCUGAUUGUUGCGGCGGUGAGCAGAGAAGAUGCUACAAAGUUGAAGGUCAAUAAAACAAAAGUAGAAACAGGCACCAGGAACCUGUAUCUGGCCAGAGAAGGAUUGAUCCGUGUAGGAACCAAGGCUGCAGAAGGUGUGCCUGAGGCAGACAUGAUCAAAAGAACCCGAUUUGAAGAAGUAAAGAGAGCCAAGCUUCGGGACAUAAGUGUGUUUGUGUCAAAGACUCGUCUGUGUGUCCAUAACUUGCCCAAGUCAGUGGACAGUAAAAAACUCAGAGCACUCUGCCUUCAGAGUGUAAAAGGAGACAAGAGAAUUCGCAUCACAGAGUGCCGGGUCAUGUAUGACAAGAAGCCAGAGAAAGGUCAGGUGACGGGACAGUCAUUAGGUUAUGGCUUUGUUCAGUUCCAGGACCAUGAACAUGCUCUCAGUGCACUUCGCUACCUCAAUAACAACCCUGACAUCUUUGGCUCACACAAGAGACCCAUUGUUGAGUUCUCCCUAGAAGAUUCAAGAAAACUUAAAAUCAAAGAAAUACGACAUCAAAAAAACAAGGAGAUUUUCCGAAAUCAGCCUUUUAAAAAAGGAGCGAAACCAGGAAAUGCUGGAGAUGGAAAAGGACCAAGGAAGGAUGGAAAUAAAGUGCAGUCCUCAUCAGAGCAGACAGGAAAACUGAGACGUGUUCCUGAAAGGCAGAAACAGAACAGAUACUUUUCAGGCUUUAAGACCAACCCUGAGGUUGAGCACAUAGACUUGGAAAAUGGAAAGAAACGAAGGAAAGUGCUGCCUUUGCCUUCACAUCGAGGACCUAAGAUCAGAAAACGUGACAAAGGAAAGCAAAAGGCCCCACCACCCAAGAAAGCAAAGCCUGGGUCCAGCUGGAAUGCACGUCAAAGACGACCGAUGGAAAAACCCACACAGCCCAGAAAUCAGAUGGUUCAAAAGAAGAAUUCCAAGAACAAAGACAGGGACCGCUUCGACAACCUGGUGGAGCAGUACAAGAAGAAACUGGUGGGAAACGGUGGGAAGAACACCGCUAUCAAAAGAAGCAAGUGGUUUGAUAGCUAAUGCUGUGUGUGUCUGUGUGUGAAUGUAUGUGAGUGAGAAGAAACGUGUUCUAAUUUUAAGUCCUAAAGUAACAAAGGUCCUCUAUAUUUGACAUCCUGAAGAUUUAGAAUACAUCAAAUUGUUCUUGUGUGUCCAACUGUACAGUGUUUGAUGCUCAAGUGUUAAACUUCAUCUGUACUGUUCCUAUAGCUCACUAAUUCUUGCUCAUUUUUUAUUCCUUAAAGAACUCAGUUAUGUGAGGAUAAACAUAUUUGUGUACAUGGAUUUUUAUGAAAAUGUGAUAAAAUGCUUUCAUUAACUUUU